AAGGUACGUACGUACGGGUACGUGCUUCUUACGGUACGUAUCUCCCCGGUACAUACCGUACUAUGGUACUCGUACUCGUACUCUGCGCGAAAGCAUUGGGAGCUUGCUCGCAAUGUCCGGGGGAAAGACGUCUGUCCGUGCAGAACCAAAACCCGGCGCGGUUCGCGCCAUAGUACGGUAGGUAACUACAGGUACGUGUACGAGUACGGUACCGUUAUGCGUGACAUACAAGGCGUCCACGUGAAGUCCGAUACAAUCUACCGUAGAAAGCAUCGUAUCGUAUCGUACCGUACGGUAGUUUUGUAUUGGAUGCCGUAGCAUUGCAUUGCCCGGGACCGAUCCAAGGUUUCGAACUAGAGCCGUAGUUGUGGCGCGCUAGUAUUGUAGUAACAGUUUCGUUGACACCGAAAGAAAGGCAGGAGAACCUCGGUUUUGGUUUUCGGCCGUCUGGCACCAACACACAACCGGUCGAUCCAACAACACAUACCGGUAGUUUACUUUCAUUCGCUCCAUCAAAAAACACUCGGUGCGAACGCGAACACAGACACAAACACAAGCAAGCAACAAGCAAGCAACAAGCAAGCAACUAGCCAACCAAGCCAACCAACAAGCCCAACCCAACCCAUCCCACCCACGCAAGAGCCCCACCAAGAUUCGGUUUCUCCCCUUUUCCCUCGUUUUCUCCACCCGAAGCACCGCCGAGCGCAAGAGCCUUCUCUCGUCCCUCUCGACGUCGGUCCUCCUAUUCUCCUCCUCUUCCGCCUUUCACGGAAGCGACAUUGGCAGCAGCAACAACAUCGGCAGCAGCAGCAACCACCACAACCACAACAACAACCACCACAACACCACCAUGCCCGACACGCUCCUCGUCAAGAAGCUCUCGGAGAACGCCACCCUCCCGGUCCGGGGCAGCGAGUGGUCCGCCGGCUUCGACCUGGCGGCCAGCCGGCCGCAAACCAUCCCGGCGGGCGGCCGGGGGAUCGUCCACACCGACCUGAGCAUCGCCUGCCCGCCCGGGACCUACGCCCGGAUCGCCCCCCGGUCGGGACUCGCCGUCAAGAAGGGGAUCGACUGCGGGGCCGGGGUGGUCGACGCGGACUACCGGGGGCCCGUCGGCGUCGUCCUCUUCAACCUCGGCACCGAGGACUUUCAGGUCCAAAAGGGGGACCGGAUCGCCCAGCUCAUCCUCGAGAAGAUCAGCAUGGCGGCCGUGGAGGAGGUCGCCGACCUCGACGAGACGGGGCGGGGCGCCGGCGGCUUUGGGAGCACGGGGGUCUCCGACCCACCGGCCGGCAGCCACAAAAAGCCCAAGACCGGCGAGUGAGUCGAGUGGAGUUUAGACGAGUCGAGUUUAGACGAGACGAGACGAGAAAAGUGGAAUCGACACCGGCACCAAAUUCCGCGGAGGAUUCUUGAUCGCACCGUGUCCAAACUCGGAAAGAAUUCGAACACUAACAAAUUAGUUUCACGUUACUCUAUCGUUCUUUUAUCGUUUCUUACGACUACACCUAACUCCCGUACAACCAAACGCAAUGUCUGCCUCGUUCUCUGAUAGUAUCCACCGAGCUGCGAGACCUGUAUCCGGCAACCGAAACACCCGAAGAGUUGGGACUCGGGCUGCCAUGGACGAGAUCAAUGCAGCAUUUGGUGCGAGCAGGAUUACCGACGACCUAGCAAGGAACCUGGCCGACUACAACGGUCGAAACAUCCGUCGUCCAGACGCCGUAGUGCUGAAGCACAUCGUCGAUGGCUUCGCCGACCACUUGGGACGCACCGAUGAACCCAAUUUUAGGUUUGUAAUGGACACCUUCCACGAUCUGGGAGACAGCAGCCACUACAAAGCCAAAGACGAUGGCCCCGGAUCAAAGUUCAAAGCCAGAGUGACGUGCGAUUACAACAUCAACGAUCAUGACGUAGUUUCCGAAUAUUUUGCCAUCGAUAACAUCUGCUUCGAAGCCCUUGGUGUCACCACCAAGAAAGGAGUUCCCGCGAGGAACCACGGUACCUCGUGGAUGAACAUCUAUCUAGGCAAACAAGGACAACACCAGUUCAUGAGAAAGUUCGAAGAGGAGGUUGGAUGGGGGAUCAAAGAUUCUCUGUUCACCACCGACGACGAACAGGGUUUGGUGUCGCUGCCCGUGUCUUUCGACGAGGAGGAUCCACCCGUGUGGACCAAUGUGGUGUCGCCCGAUGGAAACGGCGUUGAUACCGACGAGGAACCCGGGUUCGCGCUCGAGGAGUGGGGGACCGUGCCCGAAGUCAUCCGAGCACCCGAUCGCCGGGGAAUCUAUCUCGGCACGGGUAUCUUCACUAUGAGCUUCAGCGUGGUUGCCGAAGUGGCAACCGUACAACACCUGGAGUUUCUACGUGAUGAACGUAUGUAUACAUGUUGCAGUCCACGUGGACGCAUCUGCCUUCGUCUGGUUGGCACGAGAGUCAUUGGCAGGGAGCCCGAUGUCUUACCUCUUUUUUUGGGAAGGAAGAAACACAGCGUCAAGAUCUAAUUAUUGAUACAAUUUAGGAACUAGUCUAUGUGCACUACGCUAGGU